UGCGCAGACGCAGCACUGACUGUUCAGUACUGGACGGCACACCGCACACUUCUUCUUCACGCGUCUGCUUUCACCCCGAGAUUUGUUACACGAGUCGCUGCAAUGACGGACGUGAUAGAAGCUGAGACAGAUGACCCCUACAUGUUUCCCUACAAAGGGUGCAAUUUUCCAAAAAAUGCAACUUCUCCGGAGUACUUGGACACCCUGGAGGACUUCGAAAUACGAGACAGCGACGUUUUCCUGGUGACUUAUCCGAAAUCUGGUACUGUUUGGACCCAACAAAUCCUCACUUUGAUGUUUGCAAACGAUUACAGUGGGGACUACCAGUCAAACUUUGAACGAAUGCCUUGGAUUGAGAUCCAAGUGCCGGAUCUUGAUGUAGUGAAUCGUCCGUCGCCCCGUCUCUUUGCUUCUCAUUUGCCUUACUAUCUUGCACCAAGGGGUUUGAAAGAAAAAAAGGGUAAAGUGAUCUAUGUCUUACGUAAUCCGAAAGACACAAUGGUGUCCUACUUUCAUUUUUCCAGGAUGAUGUUGAAAUUGGAAACAAUGAAUAACAUUGAUGACCUAUUGGAGAAAUACUUAAGUGGGGAUAUGAUUUAUGGCUCCUGGUUUGAACAUGUUAAAGGCUGGUUCACCCACAAGGAUCAACUUAACUGCCUAUUUUUAUCCUAUGAAGAAAUGGUUAAGGAUCUCCACAGUGCAGUUGUGAAGAUCAGCAAAUUCAUAGGCAAGGACCUUGAUGAUGCCACCAUUGACAUGAUUGUGGAAAAGUCCACUUUCAAAAACAUGAAGAAUGACCCCAAAGCAAAUUACGAGUUUUUGCCGGAUGAUGUUACUGACAAGAAACAAGGACACUUCCUCAGAAAAGGAAAAGUUGGGGACUGGAAAAACACAUUAACUGUGGCUCAAAAUGAACGCUUCAAUGAAGUAUUUCAAACAAAGAUGGAAAAUGUACCUCUCGAGAUAAUCUGGGAACUUUAAACAAGAACCAUAAUGGUUGAAACCCGAUAUACAGCAACUAUUACAUAACACACACUCACUGAUAUGUACAGUGAAUUAUGGACACCCUGAGGUAAAGGGAGAAAAAGAAAUUCUCAUAUUAUCAGUGCUGGAAAAUCCUCUGUAUUGACAAUCAAAAUUGUAUGAUUUUUACUGCAUACAAUAUCUAAUGAUUUAAACAUUUUUGAAAGCUGUUCUUAAGCAAAUUAAUAUUAUAAUAAUAUUCAAAAUGGAGUUAAUUUCAUCAUCUAUUGGAAUGUAUUUUGUAAUACAUGUAAUAAUACAAACUGCAUUGCAUUUUUCAUUCCAACAGAUGACAGACACAUCACAAACAUUUGUAGCAAUGAAGUGAAAUACUACAAAUGUUUGUGAUGUGCCAUCUGUUGGAAUGACAAAUACAAUGCAUAUCUUUUAUAUGCUGUUCGGUAUGGGGUUCAUAAAAGCAGGGUUAAUGUUUGUAAUGCACCAUCUAUUGAAAUGACAAAUGCAAUCCAUUUUAUUACUAGUAAUGUUUGUAAUGUGCCAUUUGUUGGAAUGACAAAUGCAAUGCAUUUUACUACUGCAUAUGUUUGUGAUGCAUCAUCUGUGGGAAGGACAGAGACAUAUCAACCAGACGGGCACACAGAUACACAGACACACUGCACACUUACUUGUCCAUCCAUCCAUUGCCUUCCAUUGUCUGAACCAGCCUAAUUCAAUUGCUGACUGGAAAUGGAUAGAAGCAGAUUCUUUCCUGCCAGUGUGGUUGGUAAGGCAGGGUGGAAGCUAAUUGCUGCUAUGAUUGGAUUCUUCCUUAAAUUUCUUUGUACGCUUUUCUUAAGUCAUCAUGGCCUUCUGAGUGUCUUUUUCUGGGGGGGGUUUCUGAUCCAAGAAAUCAUUUCCAGCAGUUUGUUUUUCAUUUGAUGGCUUUAUAAAAAGAUAAAAACUUGUGUAUGUCAUCAUUUGAAGCCAUUUAGUUUGGACAGCAGGCUCUGCUAUUUUUUGGAUUUUCCGUUGUUCAUUUUCUAGGUAACAUUUACAGCAAUUCAACUAUUAAGUCAUCAUCUUACCCAAUCCUUCCAUUGCACUGGCUCCCUAACUGGGAUGUCAGCCCAUGUCUGCCAUCUAUUACAUUAGCUUAGGCAGAACAAUUAAGACACCAUACUAUCACAAGACACGUUCAAACAGUGCAUUUAGAAGGCAGAAGGACAAUAAUAAAUGAAUAUCACCAGAGCAUGCUCAGGACAUUGAAAGGUUUUUAUUCUUAGCUAUAAAGGUGUAGUCUGGAAGCAGCCUCAUCUCUUCAUUCUUUUCUAAUAUGUGGACCACUGAGUCAGCAGCCUUGUAAAGUGUUCUUAAAAGACAAAGCUGCAUAUGAAGAAUUCUUUGCCUAUGCUGUCAACUUAAGAUCAGUGGUAACACACCAAGCAAGUAAUAAUUCUGAAUAAAUCUCACAGUUUAGUAAAUCAGAUUUUUUAUGGAAUUCACUGAACUUUUUUUUUCAUGUAAUAAGUGAUAUGAAAACCUCCUUAAAAAUUAAUUCCUCAAAAUCCAACUGUGUUUAAGAAUUUACAUAAAAUGAGGUGAAAGGAGAGUCAAAUAAAACCAGCAAGGUUGUAAAAUUCA